AUGUCUUUAACAGCUAAACAACCGGGAACUACCACGAACAACGACGACAACACCACUACCGAACCAAUACUGCCCAGCCCACAACAACUGCCAUCCAAGCUCUCCAAGACACUAACGAGCUCAGACAAUGUAGCCAAACUCCUCCCAACAGGCACCCUCAUGCUCUUCCAACUCCUUACACCCAUCUUCACUAAUAAAGGUUCAUGUAACUCCACAAAUACUUCAUUAACCGCCAUCCUUCUUGUCCUUUUGGUGGUCUCAUGCUUUCUUAUUUGCUUUACCGACAGUUUUAAGUCUAACGAUGGUCGGAUUUACUAUGGAUUUGCAACUUUCGAAGGGAUGUGGAUCUUUGAAGACUAUGAUCCAAAAAACACGUACAUGCCUGAUUUGAGAAAGUACCGGUUAAAGUUUAUUGAUUGGGCGCACGCGGUGCUUUCUGUUUUUGUAUUUGGAGCAGUGGCAUUGAGGGAUAGAAAUGUGGUGAGUUGUUUUUACCCGGCCCCGGGGCGUGAAACUCAUGAGCUUUUGGAUAUUGUUCCUAUUGGUGUCGGUCUCAUUUCAAGUGCCCUAUUUGUUGUUUUUCCGACUAGAAGACAUGGUAUUAGCCAUCCUAUUACACAGGAUGAUUCCAAUAUAUAUUAA